AUGGUGGUCAAAGUAUAUGUUAGUGGUAUUUCAGGAAACAAAGAGGUAAAGAAGCGACAACAACGUGUUUUGAUGAUAUUAGAUUCCAAAAACAUCAAAUAUGAUGUCAUUGACAUAACGGAACCAGGAAAGGAAACUGAAAAAGACUUCAUGCAAAACAACUCAAAAUCGAACGGCGGCACCGUCAGCGACCCCAACCCUCGGUCGCCGCUCCCGCCGCAGUUGUUUAACGAUGAGGAAUAUUGUGGGGACUAUGAUUUGUUUGAUCUUGCAAAUGAAGUGGACACCUUAGAACAGUUCUUGAAGUUGGAAGUACCUCCCGAAGAGCCUCUACCAAAUGAAAAUGAUAAGGAAAAAACUGUAAAUGGUAAUAUUGAAGAGGAAACCAAUAAAGAAUCUGAAGAAACAUCUGAUGAGAACACUAUUGCAAAAUCUACUGAAGGUGCUGAUGAGUCUGGAGACACAACAGUAACUGAGAAAGAAGGUAGUUUAGCUAAAGAAGAUUCUCCUUUAAAAGAAGCAGUUAGUGCUACAUCUAAAGAAGGUUCACCAGUAAAAGGUGAAACUGGGGAUAAUGCUGAAGACUCAAAAGAGAAGUCCCCCGAAAAAGAAUUACCGGAGAGACAAAAAUCUAUUGAAAAAGAAGGCACACCACAGCCUAAAGCUCAAUCUCCAGAGAAAGAAGUUGAGGAAAUAUUAAUUGAAACUAAAGAGAGUUCUCCUGAGAACGAAGAAGUUAAUGAAAAUGGUACUGUGAGCUCUCGGGAGCAUUCACAGGAAAAAGAUGCAGCUGCAGAUUUAACUAAGGUGGAGAGUAAACAGGAGAACCCCUCAGAUGCUUUAAUCCAGAGUGAACAAGCUGCUGGGGCGGAAUAA